GCACCAUAUGGGCUGUUUUGUCACUGCUCCCCGGUGGAUAGAUUGAGGGAUAACCUCAGGACUCAGGGAAAACGGAUACGGACAUGCUAACGCCAAGACGACAAUCAUCAACUACAUCUCAAACAGGAAGGCGCUGGUGCUGAAGAGGACAGGACGCCGAGUCAAGUGCCCAUGUGAAUGGUGUCGAUUGGUCAAGAUGGCGUCCACGGGCACGCAGAUCUUCGGUUUUGUACUGGCGCUGCUGGGCAUCCUGGGUGCCACGGUGGCCACGCUGCUGCCCAACUGGAAGGUGAGCGCAGAUGUGGGCUCAAGCAUCAUCACGGUCAUCUCGCAGAUGCAGGGCCUGUGGAUGGACUGCACCUGGUACAGCACAGGAAUGUUCAGCUGCACACUCAAGUACUCCGUAUUGGCGCUGCCUGCGUACCUGCAGACGGCGCGCACCACCAUGGUGCUGUCCUGCGUCCUGGCCGCACUUGGGCUCUGCCUGGCAUCGCUCGGGCUUAAGUGCACACAUUGGGGCGGUGGUAGGAGAGCAAAACGUCACGCCGCACUGGCAGCUGGAGUCUGCUUCGUAGCUUCUGGGUUCUUGUGCCUGGUGCCUGCGUCUUGGUACACCAAUGAGGUCAUUGCCAGCUUCUUGGAUGCCAGCGUACCCGAGAGCAACAAGUUUGAACCAGGUGGCGCGGUCUACGUUGCGUUCGUCUCGUCAGGUUUGCUUUUUACCGGUGGCUUUAUCUUCUGCCUGUCAUGCUCAGGCAAGCGCCAUGGCCCUCAGGAUCUUGUCCUGCUGCCUCCAGAUAAACUCUUACUCCAGCAGCAGCAACAGCAGCUCCUUCAGCAACAGCACUUAGACCAGCUCCAGCACCAGUACUGCACUCUCUCACCUCUGGAUAAUAAGACAGGAUACAGCCUGCAGGACUACGUGUAGCAGAAGCGCAGAACUGACUGCAGCACACCUGUCACCCUCCUCCUCCUCUUCUUCAAGCACAAAAUGAUGGAGGAAUUCCCAAAGUUUCAGAGGGGAUGAGUCAUGCAUAAACUGAUAAGUGAUGGAGUGAGUGGAUGAAAAAUAAAAUGCAUCUGAGAAUAUUAAAAACGUUUCCUGGGGAGUGGAUUAGUUCGAUGGAAACAACACACACACACACACAUAUAUAUAUUGGGGAUGCAUCGAUACCAUUAUUUUAACACCGAUUCUGAUACUGAAAGCGUAACUGACUUAGUAUUAAUCAAUCAGAGGCAUUAAGGAACAUUGUUAAUGCUUCCCUGGGAUCAUUCAUGGCCAUAAAAAAAAAAACGUGUUUACACACUUACACUACUAGACUCGUUGUUUAUAACCAUCAGCUAGUCAACUCGAAUUAGCUAGCUACUAUAGUUAGUGCGUUUUGUUCGUGCUUCUGCAUUAAAUAAAAUACAUGUCUUCACCAUGUCAUCAAUGACUGACAGUGGCUGAUUGUAUGUAAGAACAACGUGCUGUUAUCUUCACGUGCCUAGCGCUACCUGUAGACGUUUUUUCUCGCCUAACCAGUAUUUGAUGCUAGCGGUGAACUCUUUGUGCUAUGUUUAAGAAGUUUUACUUGUAUUGGAGGAAAAUGCUGUAAUGCCUCCUCUUGACAUUUUUCGCAGAGUGCAGUUUACAGUAUGCCCUCAUUAAUCAUAAAAUGCAGACAUAUUGCUAGCAAUUUGUCCCGUCUGUCGUUUCAUAUUCUUGGAUUUCGUCACAGUGUCCCCUGGUAUUGACAGGACAUUAAAGAAUAAGAGUAAAUGAGCGUAGUACUAAUACCAAUACAGGUAUCGAUGCAUCUCUACACAGGACCCCUCCCCAAAGAUUAGAUAUGAAAAGCAAUCAGUUAGCUGCUAACGAUGUUUUUGUAACCUCUGCUCAAAGCAAGUCGGCAAUACGUCCCCUAAAGGCAAUAGUAUGGGAAAGCCUGAUUUCCCCCCCUUUCUUUUUACUCUCUGGCCCUGUCCGUUUGAGUAAUAGUAGAACUAAUGAAAUCUCUUGUCUUAUUUUGUUAGCUGAUAGAAUGAUUGAUAUGAUCGUUGCCUCAGCAUGCUGUUCGGAGCCUGUGCAUAAUGCAGCAGAAUGCCUGGUAGAGACUUGAGUCAUAGCCACAUUGCCUGUGCCUAAACAAGAAAAAAAACAAACACUAGAACAUUAUAGCGAGCCUGUUGUUUUUUGGGGGAAACGUGAUUAGUGUGUGAAUGGGGCUGCUGGGUCUGGAAUGAUACCCCACACACAUGCGCGCACAGAGAAUAGAACAUGAUGUCUCUGUGUGAGAGAUGUAUUUUUUGGUUAAGCUUGCUCAGUGCAUGCUGCUUACAGCUUCAUCACAACACAAACUUAGCUGCAUGUAUGCCAUUUUUUUUUUUUUUAAACCCUACGUCAAUACUCACUGCUAUGGAAACUGAAUCCCGCACCCAAAUGUGUGUCUGGAGGUUUGCGUGAAUCAGUGGGCUUGGUGUGUGUGUGUGUGUGUGUUUGUUUUCGGCUGUUUAGAACCCUUUCAUUCAGCAAUCCAAAGAACCCUCCAGAACACACUCGGGUAUGAGGAGCUGACCAGAACACUGGACAUUGCAGGCAGUUUGGACAGCCAGAAUCUUAUAAUAAGGUGAAAUUUUCAUGGCAGUGACGCGGAUAUUGACGCUGGCGCCGACACAUUUUCCUCCCCCUUUAUGAUUUGGGCCGGUUCCCAUCAGCAGUGCAUCUGCCAUCAGAUUUGCACCAGCAGGAGAUUGCUCUUCAUCUCAAGCUCCAGUGAUUUCUCAGUGCCACACUCAUCCUCUCACACAGUCCUCACUCGCUCCACGUUCAUAUGCAAAAGGGGCAGACAUCAUCAACAAGAGCAAUUUAAGUCCAGUUAUGCUACAAAAGGUUUAAGCAAAGGAUUAGCAACCAUCAUCACUAUGGUUACCAUAAAUGUUGGCACCCUGAAUACGGAUGCUACUUUGCAUAUCAAGAAAGAACCCUGUUUGUUUGUAAUCCAGUACAUUACCAACAUUAUCGUUUCCAGGUGUGUUAAUGUACUAUUGUAGUGUGCGGUUGCUUUCUGAGCCUUUAUCAUGCACAUGCCUUCCCGCUCUGCUGAGACAAGGAAUUUAUUCCAUGUUGCUCCGAGUUGGCAAAGCAAGCCCUGGCACUGAUGGAUGGCACAGCACAUUCUUCCUCUCGAGCAGAUUCCCACAGGCGAGCAGAUGGCUCUGCCCACUGUCUCCCUCCCGCAGGCAUCCGUGGGCGUGCUGAGUGGGCAUGGAGAUACCCUCCUGGGGCAGAUUACUCCACCCCUCAGCCCACGGUGCCAGCGUUUGCGCCAUAAUGACUAGCAUUACUCGAUGCAAUAAUUUUUCCCCUCCUCAUGCCCUGUUGAUCUGCUCAUACACUGCCAUUGUUUCAGCUGCAAAUGUGCCAAAUCCAUGGUAUUUAUAUACGCACGCACAAAUAAGCAUCCUGUUAUGUGAUGUAAAUGUUAUUUACAAAUUCUCAAUUUUGUCAGGUUCAAUACGGAUGUUUACAUAACUCCAACAAAGCAAUCAUUUCAUGUUCGUAAGCCAUUUCCAUUCACCGCUUCAGGAUGGGUUUUUUAAAAAUAUUUCUCAUGCUUUGGGUUUCCUUUCUGCAAAGUUCUGUGAUGCAGUAUAUUAUUCACACACUAUAUAUAAUCUAUACAUCUUGCCAGUUUGACUGAUUUGAUUUUUGAUGAGAAUACACGUAUAUGCAGUUCUCAGUUUUAGCACCCAGGCAUGUUUAUAGUGAAUCUUCUUUAUAAGAAGACGACAUCUUUUUUUCCUUACACCUUUACUUGUGUAUUGCCACACUACUGCAGAUGUAUUAGUUAAAUAUUGCUAUAUAAAAAGCAGAGGAAAUGUAAAUAGUGUUCGAAGUGCAUCAGGCAAAAAAACCGAAGCCCAUGUUAUGCAGUGUACCUUUCAUUAGCACAUUAAAACGCGAGUUUCACGCAGCCUAAGCAGAACGCAGCGGGCCGUGGUUCCGUUCGGUGGCUAAAUGAAGGGUUCUCGGGGGGACAGACGCAGCUUAUUUUUGUGGAUGUUUCAGCACUUCCUGAUUUUGCAGAGAAAUAAGCUUUACAUGUGACUCUGCUGUUGUUUCAGUCUGCUUGUGCAAGUAGUUCUAUUUUUUAUUAAUAAAACUAUUUGUCUUUAAAAA